UCAGUUUUAUAUUUCAGUAUAUUUCAGUAUAUUCCAGUACUUGAUGAUGUUCCCCAUCAUACUGAACAUUCAUUCAAUAUUCAACAUAUUGAUCUAUUCAGAGACUACUGACACGGCCUUCCCACAUAUGUCGGCUUGUUUCUGCAGCCUCUGAGUUGUCAAUAGCCAAAAUGGUAGUUCAUACUUACCUGACGGGGAAGACGAUGUGAUCAAGAAGGCGUAGCGGCCGGUCACGCUUUUUCGAGCUCCUCGUGCUAUCAGCGGUUUUUACUGUUUCUAGCAUCUUGCGGUUCUUAAUUUAUAUAUUAACUAAGCUUUAAAGCCUUUAGUACUCAUUACGAACUCUUUCUAGUGGAAAUGGCUUCCAAUGUACCAUUUAUUUGGGGAGAUAUUCAUGAACCAAAGAUGAGACCUAUAUCAUUCGCUGAGAAGUUGAAACAAGGAAAUGCCAAAAUGACCGCAAGUGAUUUAGCAGCCAGAGCAGCAAAAUUUGAAACGAGUGCAGAUAUCAACUUCAAGGAAAUUAUUGGAUACUUCCACGAAUUUUUUAACAAUCCAAACUGCAUACAACAGCUGAUGCCCCUUGCUGCCCUCCCAGGAAGGCGAAAAUGGAAUAUCAUUUUUUCAAAACCACCAAUGGUGGCUAAAGUACUCGACUCGCUAGUUAAGUUUCCAUCCUUGGCCGCUGACGAUCCUGGUAUCUCUUUCACUCCUAUACGAAGAAGAGCGCUGUUGAUCACAAUUCCUGAUGCAUCGCCAGAUGUCUCUGACAACGAAAUUGGAAAUGCCUUGUCAAGACAUGGAACUGUAACCCGUGUAUGGAAACAAACAUGGGAAGGAUUCCUGAAUAUUUUUAAUGGAAAAAGGCUCGUUUUAAUCUUCCCUUCUGGAGGUACUGAGUUGCCUCCAUUUAUAAUUAUUCGAAACAAGAAAUUUCUCUUUCAUACCGGGGCAAGCCUGUGUUCUGUAAUAUUUGCAUGUCAGAUACUCACAGAACAUCAGAUUGCCCCUCUCGGAACGUCAGUCACUGCUAUCUUUGUGGCUCCACAGAGCAUAACAAGAAAGAUUGUCAAAAAUUCGUCCCUCCUUCGGGCCCGGGGUAGGAGAUAUAGUGGAGAAAUUGAGCCAGAGGAUGAAAUGCCACAACCUCAUGAAAAUACGAGCGAGGAUCAGAGCGAAGAAAACUGCACUACAUCAGCAAAAAUAGCGGACAAACCAUUACCGAUGAAGCCCCUCUUGCCACGACGACCACUACAACCCCUGAACCCCCUCACCCGAUUGAAGAUGAAAACAUUACGGAAAGCAUCCACGCAAACCAGGAUCAAAAACCUAAACCCCAAAGAACACAAAAACCUUCGUCAACAGCCAGGAAAACAAAAACCCCGGACGACUAUGCACCCUUCACAAGGAAACCUGUAAAAAGACCAGUUCCUUCAACCCCGGAAAAGACCGUUUCUCGUAAAAAACCGCUGGUGAGAACAAUAAUUGAAAUUUAUCC